CGAGUCUAAACGCACUCCUCCCCCGGAUGAGGCUACCAAGUAUAUCCAAGAGAUGGCUCCCAAAUUCACGAAAGAUUUGCCCGAACCCCCCACGCCUCUUCUGAGUUACGAUGUUACUUCAACCAUCUCGGUUGAUUCCAAAGAGGCCAAGGUCGACAUCAAGGUAUCUGACAAAUCUGGCAAGAGCCUCAAAGUCAAACUUCUCAGCAUUGAGUUCAAUCUGGGUGAUACUGAAGGCGACCUGUUCAAAGCGCCUACAGUGGAAAAGGGCAAAAUCACUGGGAAUGGGAUCGUGCGAGCUAUUUCCGACACAAAGCGAUUCAAAUUGACUGGCUCGGGUAUUCCGAAUUCUACAAAUGGCACCGUUAGGUUCCAAGCUAUCUGCACCGAGGAGGAAAUUCAACCUCUUGGAGAGACGCUCACAAUCUCCUUCACGGGUCUCACUAACGCGACUGCUGGCGAUACUAAGGUUACCAUCAAUGAGGUCCUAGUGGAGCGGGCAGAUAAGGUUCCUUCCACUGAUAUCGAGCAAGUCUGUACGGUGACAAAGAAGUGAUCAAGCUUACCGAAACCCGUGGGUGAAGGGGU